UAAAAUAUGAUAUAUCUAAACGAAAAGCUCAUAAAAAUUAAUGACAGAUGUACAUAAUCCAAACUUAAAGUAAUCUGUUACAUCGAUCCUUCUUAAACUGCUUAAUAAAUACAAUUCCCCUUCAUAACUGUAGCUAAACCUGUAAUUCCCGAAAAGGGAAUAAAAAGAAACUGUAGUAUGUCUUUACUUGUUCUGCUUAAAAGAAACCACCAGAGUGAAAUUUCUCCACUUUAGCUUAAGAAAGUAUCUCAAGACAUCAAGGUUGGCUUUAUUAGUGCUUAAGUUAAAAUGAGGAGUGGGGUGUUUGAAAGAAAUCUCAAAAUUAGUCAGGUUUACUUUAUGAAUAACUGCCUCAGACAAGCAUCUUUUCAAAGAUGAAGCUUCUGAUCUCCGAGAUUAAGCCCAGAGAAGGAAAGAUGCACAAAUCAAAGAACACUAUAAAGAUAUUUAUUCUUAACAAAUUUUC